AUGGGUAGAGAUAUUCAAAAUCAUCUACUUUUCGAGGUAGCUACAGAAGUUGCUAAUAGAGUCGGUGGUAUUUACUCAGUUCUAAAAUCAAAGGCACCAACUGCUGUCGCACAAUAUGGUGACAAUUAUACCUUAGUUGGACCUUUGAACAGAAGUUCUUACCAAAGUGAAGUUGAAGAAUUGGAUAUAAAUGAUCCUAAUACCUUCCCAGAAGAUAUUUUACCUAUUAAAUAUGUAUUGGAAUCAAUGAGAGCUAGAGGUGUCCAUUUCGUCUACGGUCGUUGGUUGAUUGAAGGAGCUCCUCGUGUCAUCUUGUUUGAAUUAGGUUCCGUUGGUCAUUAUUUAAAUGAUUGGAAGGGUGAUUUAUGGUCCUUGGUUGGUAUUCCUUCUCCAGAAAAUGAUGCCGAAACUAAUGAUGCCAUUUUACUUGGUUAUACUGUUGCUUGGUUUUUAGGCGAACUAACUACAAAGGAUAACAAUCAUGCAAUUGUGACACAUUGUCACGAAUGGUUAGCCGGUGUUGCCCUUCCUUUAUGUAGAAAGAGACGUAUUGAUGUUGUAACAAUCUUUACCACUCAUGCAACUUUAUUGGGUAGAUACCUAUGUGCUUCAGGUAGUGUUGAUUUCUAUAAUAACCUAGAUAAAUUUGACGUCGACCAUGAAGCUGGUAAAUACGGUAUCUAUCAUAGAUAUUGUAUUGAACGUGCUGCCGCACAUACUGCCGAUGUCUUCACCACUGUAUCUCAAAUUACAGCAUUGGAGGCAGAACAUUUAUUAAAACGUAAACCUGAUGGUAUUUUACCAAAUGGUAUCAAUGUCACUAAGUUCCAAGCUGUCCACGAAUUCCAAAACUUACAUGCAUUGAAAAAGGCAAAGAUUAAUGAUUUUGUCAGAGGUCAUUUCCAUGGCUGCUUUGACUUCGAUUUAGAUGAGACAUUGUACUUUUUUAUUGCUGGUAGAUAUGAAUAUAAAAAUAAAGGUGCUGAUAUGUUUAUAGAAGCUUUAGCCAGGUUAAAUUACAGGUUAAAAGUUUCAGGCUCUAAAAAAACUGUAGUUGCUUUUAUCAUUAUGCCAGCAAAGACAAACUCAUUUACUGUUGAAGCUUUAAGAAGUCAAGCUGUCGUGAAAGCCUUGGAAUCUUCGGUAAAGGAAGUGACACAUUUGAUUGGAGAAAGAAUUUUCGAUCAUGCUAUCAAGUAUCCACAUUUGGGGAUAACUUCAGAAUUACCAACCAAUUUAGAUGAUAUUAUAAAACCUUCUGACAAGGUUUUAUUGAAAAGACGUGUUCUUGCUCUAAGAAGAUCUGAUGGUCAAUUACCACCAAUCGUGACGCAUAAUAUGGCUGACGACUCUCACGACCCUAUUCUUAAUCAAAUAAGACAUGUACAAUUGUUUAAUAAUGCUUCUGAUAGAGUCAAAGUUAUCUUCCAUCCUGAAUUUCUAAACGCCAAUAACCCAAUUUUAGGUCUAGAUUAUGAUGAAUUUGUUCGUGGUUGUCACCUAGGUGUGUUCCCUUCAUAUUAUGAACCUUGGGGUUAUACUCCAGCUGAAUGUACUGUUAUGGGUGUCCCAUCUAUUACUACCAAUCUUUCAGGAUUUGGUGCUUAUAUGGAAGAUUUAAUUGAAACUGAUCAAGCUAAAGACUAUGGUAUUUAUAUUGUUGAUCGUCGUUUCAAAAAUCCAGAAGAAUCAGUUGAACAAUUAGUAGAUAUGAUGGAAGAAUUUGUCAAGAAGAAUAGAAGACAAAGAAUCAACCAAAGAAAUAGAACCGAACGUCUUUCUGAUUUAUUAGAUUGGAGAAGAAUGGGUUUAGAAUAUGUUAAAGCAAGACAACUAGCUCUACGCAGAGGUUAUCCUGAUAUAUUUAGACAAUUUACUAAUGGGGAAGAUGUCAAUGACAGCAAUAUGUAUACAAUGGCAGGCAAUAAAAAAUUUAAAAUUAUGAAACCAAUUAGUGUACCGGGCUCACCAAGUGAGUCUAGACUAAGAUCAGGAAGUGUCACAACCCCAACAGUUUAUAUGACUCCAGGUGAUUUGGGUACUUUACAAGAAGCAAACAACGCUGAUGAUUAUUUCAUGUUAGCAAAUGACCAAGAGGAUUAUGAAGAUAACAAUGAAUAA